GCGGCAGCGGCUCCGCCCGUUCCGGGUUCCCGGCAGCCCCCGCGGCGGGCGGUGAAGGUGAUCGGGGCGCCAUGGCGUUGUGCGCGCCCGGGGCCUACCUGACGCACCAGCAGAAGGUGCUGCGGCUGUACAAGCGCGCGCUGCGCCACCUCGAGUCGUGGUGUAUCCACAGGUUAAGCAGCUGCAGGAGGAGACACCCUCUGACGGUGUCAUGACUGAAGCUCUGCCUCCCGCCAGAAAGGAAGGUGACUUGCCCCCGCUGUGGUGGCAUAUCGUGACCAGACCUCGGGAACGGCCCGUGUAGACACUGUUCACGCUUGCAAGUGAAAGAACUUAGCCUGUUCACACUUGCCCUAAUAAAAAUAACUCAACAUGG